ACACACACACACACACGCGCCUCACACAUGACAUCAUGGCUGCGUUAGGGCCGGAUCUGCUCGCUCUCGGGGAAUGAGAGGCAGUGAUUCUGCUGGUGUUUUCCUCUUAUUUGCGUUUUAACCCCGGGCAGCUCCUCCACAAACCUCCAGCGACCCAAAUGCGUCCGGCUGCGGCUCUCCGCGUCCGCCGCAUCCCACCCUCUCAUGCUCCGCGUCUGGCUGUAGUCUCCUCGCUCCACUGUUUCCAGGUCGGGCAGUCGGCGUUUCCUUGCGCUAAAGAUGGCCGGCGAUGGAGGCGCUCUGAAGGAUAUCAAUGAGAUCAAGUCCCAAUUCAGGACCAGGGAGGGUUUCUACAAGCUGCUGACGCUGUCCGACUCCCAGCAGCGCGGCGGCUUACCGCGGGGGCCCGGGGGGGCGGGCACGGCGGCGGCCCCAGGCGCUCCGGGCACGGUGGGCGGCGUUGGGCUGGUGCAGGGCCCCGGUGCUGGGGCUGCUGGAGCUGCCGGAGCGGGGGCCGGGGGCAGCUCCUCUCCGGCUGGCUUUCUUCCUCCGGUGCGGGUCUCCAUGGUCAAACUGCAGCCGGAGGACCCGAGCGAGGAGUCCGAGCGAGUGUGCUUCAACAUCGGCAGGGAACUUUACUUCUACACCUACACCAACAUCAAAAAGGCAGUGGACCUUAGUAAGCCUAUCGAUAAGCGCAUAUAUAAAGGGACACAGCCAACUUGCCAUGAUUUUAAUCAGUAUUCAGCCACUGCAGACAGUGUGGCUCUUAUUGUGGGCUUCUCUGCUGGGCAGGUGCAGUACCUGGACCCUAUCAAGAAGGAAACCAGCAAACUUUUUAAUGAGGAGAGGUUAAUUGACAAAACUAAAGUGACAUGUCUAAAGUGGUUGCCUAAAUCAGAAAACUUGUUUCUGGCCUCCCAUGCCAGUGGCCAUCUCUACCUCUACAAUGUGGAGCACCCAUGUGGCACUACAGCGCCGCAGUAUUCACUACUCCGGCAGGGUGAGGGGUUUGCUGUCUAUGCCUGCAAGACCAAGACACCUCGAAACCCUUUACUGCGCUGGGCCGUGGGAGAAGGCGGUCUAAAUGAGUUUGCGUUUUCGCCUGAUGGUGUGCACGUAGCCUGCGUUGGCCAGGACGGCUGCCUCCGUGUCUUCCACUUCGACUCUAUGGAGCUACAAGGUGUCAUGAAGAGUUACUUCGGUGGCCUGCUCUGUGUCUCCUGGAGUCCGGAUGGGAAAUACCUGGCUACAGGCGGCGAGGAUGACCUGGUCACUGUUUGGUCGUUUGCAGAAAGUCGAGUGGUGGCGCGAGGUCACGGCCAUAAGUCGUGGGUCAACGUUGUGGCUUUUGACCCCUUUACCACCAGCUUAGAAGAAGACGAACCAAUGGAACUCAGCGGCAGUGAAGAGGACCUCCACCAGGGGCCACUAAACUUUGGCCGUGUGCGUACUAGCAGCACCCUAUCGCGUCUGUCUCGCCAUAGCUCCAAAGGCACUCCGUCCGUGUCGUACCGUUUUGGAUCCGUCGGACAGGACACACAGUUUUGCUUGUGGGAUCUUACGGACGACGUUCUCUAUCCGCGACUGCCGCUGUCCCGCGCACUCACGAACACCUUCGGCCCAAACAUGCCACCUUCCAUCAGUGGAGGGAUGAACAGCACAAGUGGAAGUGGAGUAGUUGAAGGUCACCAUCACCCCACCAACCCCCACCAGCCCCCGACGCUGCCCCUGCCUCUACCUCGAUCGCUCUCCCGCUCAAACUCCCUCCCUCACCCUGCUGUUGCGAACACCUCCAAAGGGCAGGGGACAACAGAGAGCGGAGGGACAGGUGGGAGUGGCGGCGGUGGAGGAGGCACCCCAUUUAGCAUUGGACGCUUUGCGACGUUAUCGCUUCAAGAGCGCAAAUCGGACAAAUCCGGUGUGGGGGGGGAAAAGGAACACAAGCGCUACCAUAGCCUCGGGAACAUUAGCAAGAGCAAUGACAAGAUCAACGUAGCGCCACGUAGCAACAGGCUGGACGCCUCAAAGGUGCUGGGAACAACACUGUGCCCACGGAUGAAUGAGGUACCGCUGCUGGAGCCCCUAGUGUGUAAGAAGAUCGCCCACGAGAGGCUCACCGUUCUUGUCUUCAUGGACGAUUGCAUCAUUACAGCAUGCCAAGAGGGGCUUAUCUGUACAUGGGCGCGGCCAGGUAAAGCGCAUCUUUCUCAACCAUUGUCGACGCAAAAUGGGAACUCACCAAGUGGGACAGUGGUAUAGCCGGUGGUGGCGCUUUUCACUUGAUCACCUGCAGCCACGUCCUGUUUCUGUCCUGUUACUACAGGCGAGACUUGCUGUCCUUGAGGCCAGGACUUGGUCUGUCACAGUGUUCCCACUGUUACAUCCAAACGUGUACCCUCACUUCAGAACUGUCACAUCCUCAUAACCACAGACAUACAGUAGAUACACAUGCACACACCUGCAGCUGAUUUAAAGACUACUAACACACACAUACAACACAUAUAAGGACAUUGGCACAAUCCAAGUCACAAGUAUAGUAGGCAUCCUAACUCCCGUGUCUGUGCCCUCCGCCCCAUUCCCUUUGGACUGCAGAGAAGCGGGGAGAUCGACACAUUCCUUCCGUCACCUUUAAAGGAUGAAACGAGAGAGUAAGAAAAAGAAGGAAAGAAAAUAAGAAGAAAAAAAACUGCAAAAGCCACAAUGCCACGGCCAUCAUAUAUGUAUCUUAUUUAUUUAUUUUAUCAUUGAAACUGUAAUAAUUUAUAUUGUACAUAUUCAGAAUACUCUAUAAAGGCAGAGGACUAAAUGUAUUGAAAUAAUGAACUGAAAUAAUUAAUAUAUGAAGAUCCUAUAUUGUACAUAGUGACAGUUGCAUUGAAUGUUUUGAGAAACUUGUAGGGAGAUUUAGUGUGUCCGUAUGCUAGCUCUCCUUACGCUGACCAUGCAGGCCAAUGAGUAGGGCUUGAUGAAGUAGGUGCUUUCUAGCCUUGAUUAAGAGUUGGCCUAAGUGCAUUUUCUCAGACGGCUAGGCUCAUCAAGAACGUCCUAAAAAGCUGCGAAAGCUGUGCGUUCAGCAAGGCUAACAUCCUAGUCCUGCUAAAAUGUUGAGGUAAGUUUCUCUUAGAUUUUAACAAUUCAUAAAUACUUCGGCCAGACUGUGAGAACCCCCUCUGCUGGUGUAUCUUGAGGGUAAGAAGGACUUCGGAAGAACUACAUAACUGCUUUAAGGUGGACUGUUAAGGGUCAUGUUUGGAAUACUUGUAGCUUUUAAGGGUCAUGUAUUUUACUUGUAUGUAUUCAAAUGAAUACACCAAUUUCAAUCUUUGUAACAGUCACUACCUACAUAGAGGAGCAAUGCGUCCUAUGUUAGAGUAUGGAGCUAAUGUGGAGUAGUUUGUGAUAACAUACUUGCCACAAAAAAGAACUUUAAAAUAGCCUUAAAAUAAAGGGCUGAAGAAGUAAGUAAAAGGGUGACUACCACCAUAGAUAAAUUGUUACAACUUUAAAUAAGGAUGACGUGCUGACAUGCUAGGUUGCCAGAAAAAAAAACACAAAGCUUCAGGUCAUUUAGCAAAGUUAGCCUAAUUAGCAAGCUAGAGACAGCUGUGCUACCUAACUCGUGCACAAAAAGUAAGUAAAUUUGUGUAGAUGAAUUCUUUACUACAAUUCUUCUCUGCAAUAAAUCUUAUAUUGUUGGAAAGCCUGUUAAUUUAUCUUUUAAAUGGUGCCACAUUUGUAAGGAACAAAUGUGCAGAGCUGAGAAUGUGGGUUGCAUGAAAAAUUUGCCAAAUCUUCUCUGCCAUAGCCAAAUAGCUUAUUUCUAUUGACUUGAUGUUUGAUGAUUUUUUUGGGGGUGUUGUCUUCUUGGUAUUCCCACUUUGCAGCCUGUCUCUCACAUCCCCUGUUAGUUGGAGCAUGGCCUUCAAUUUGGAGAUGGUAUCAGGGCUAAAUCCAAGUAAUGUUACAACUGGCCGCUGGUUUUGCCGAUCACCAGCUUGAAGUUGUCCUAUCGCACAGGCCCUAUCCAGAUCAGCCAAAUGUGGUAUGAUGCAGAUAUUUGGAGCUGACACCUACUGACCACUGUUGCAGGGCCUAUGCUCACAGGAACCUGAUUGGGAGCACCUGGGGGAACUAUUAGCUCAAAAAAAGUGUCAAUGGCAACAGCAAAAUAAGCUGUUUAGCAUUGGCAGAGAAAGUUAGGCAAAUUUUUAAUGGCAACCCACACACACAGCUUUGCUGUUCAUCCCACAAAUGCAUCUUCUUUAAAAAUCUGGCUCCAUUUAAAAGGGAAAUUAACAAGGUUUCCAAUGGUUUAAGACUUGUUUACAAGAAGCAUUGGUACAAAAAUAAAAUAAUCUACCAAACACAAAUAUCCUUUUUGUUUUCUUGUUUUAAAAAUAUAAGCAAACUUAUAUGUAAAAGCAUACAAUCUGCUUUUCACUGAUUUGUUGGCCUGUUUCAGGUAGACACCAGUUUCAGUAUUAAAGUACUAGUGCCACAAGGAGUCAAGUAUCCUUAAACUCCACCCUAAAUGCAGUAGCUGUAGUUUUUCUUUCUGCCAAAAGUUCCAGGAUAUACCACCAGAAGGGCAUUCUUCAAGUCUGAGCAGCUGGAGUGUCCUGUGAAGUGUUGUGAAUAGGUGACGCAAAAACGGGACCUCUUGCAGUUGUUGCAAAGCUCUCUUGAAGUUAUCUCCAGUAUUUAAACACGUGCAUAACUGUAAUUUCAUUCCAUUCUCCAGCGACUGCUGGGUCUUAAGCGGAGGUGUCUCGAGCCUUUGCCAUGCUAAACGCAAGGUAAUGCUAACGGAUGAGAGCUACUACUAGUCACUGUAGUUGUCUAACGUAACAUGUCUAACUAUUGUAGCAUCUAGUAGGUUGCCAUUCUUCUCACCUGCUAUGCCUCCUGCAAGAUUUUGCACAUUAACAGUUGAAUUUAGCCCAUUAUGUUGGGUCCUGAUGGUUUUAUUUUUUGUCCAUGAGGUGGAAUCGCUAAGCUAGCCAGCUAACCUAAAUACUCACUACAUAUAACCAUUACACAGUUUCACUUGCCUCAGAACAACUAAUCUCCCUAGUGGUUUUAGAUAAGAUUAUGGGUACAACAGCCGAACGGCUGACAGAAUAGUUAACAAAACGACACUCUUUUGAAAGAAAGACUGUGUGAAACUUUAGCUUAGCUAGAGUUCGAUAUGUGAAGGUUGGCCCCUAGAGAGAGGCAUCUCUAGGCUCCAUGUUUAUUCUUAUAUUAGGACAAGCCAAGCUACUGAAGUGAACAGAUAUGCACUCUCUCUCUUUCUUCUAUUUCUCUGGUUUUCUAUCCAUGUUAAACUUCCUACCUGCUCAAACAACAAGCUGCGGGGUUCCUCAUGGUGACCAGUGUUCGCGCCCCUUUGAUUACAGUGUGUGGUUUAGAUUAUUUGUAUUUUUGUAUUUUAUGUUUUUUAUGUUUAGGUGUUAUAUAUAUUAUUUCCUUAUUAGGGUUUUCCUUUUCGUAUGGCUGUAGCGCUGCGCUACAUGUCUUUACUGUUAACAUGGGAAAUGCAGCGGACCAAUUGAUUUAGUGUAUGUUGUAGCCUUGUUGUGUGUUUUAGCAUAUAAGCAGAUUAAAAACUACUGCCUGGGCAAAACCAUCCAUUUUUAUUUGGGAAAUGAGUGUGGUGCUGUUUUAUGAAAAAGGGGCGACGUCUUUUGUUAGUAUGUAUGUAUGUAUGUAUGUAAGUAAGUAUGAGUGUGGGUGUGUGUCCUAACAGUUGAGCGCAAGAAGUUAAAUAACACUAUUUGAUGAACUUUUAUGUUGAGGCUCCUGCCUGUAUCGCUGGACUCUACAAGAAUUAACAACAACUUUUCCGACGCACUGCGGGAGAACGCCCAUUCCUUAAUAUUGCUUUUCUUUUGAAGCGGUUUACAGAACUUCCAUAGCAUGUGUUUUUAAUUUACGAGUAUGUGUGCAUUUUAACACGGUUACACAUUAAUGCCUGAGACCGGUAAAGUGGCAAACAACAUCACAAUAUCAAGUUUGUAUAUGGAAAUAUGUUAUUAAAACUCUUAAA